AUGACCAUGCUUGCUCUUCCAGCUCUCAUGCUACUUUGUGUUGCCAGCCUCAUUCAAGGCAAAAGCGAGUACUGCAAGCAACCGAUUGUAAAAGGAACUUGUGGAUCCCGAUUAGUGUCGUGGGCUUAUAAUGCUGCAACGGAUCGUUGCGUGCGUUUCAUCUACAGUGGUUGCGGAGGCAACGACAACCGGUUCAGAACUAGUGGGAUAUGCAAACGCGCCUGCAUUGAUCUUCCAGAAAAGAAGAGGAAAAAAAAAUAA